AUGAAGAUCGAGGAGGUGAAGAGCACCACUAAGACUCAGCGAAUCGCCUCCCACAGCCAUGUGAAGGGGCUGGGGCUGGACGACAGCGGCCUGGCCAAGCAAGCGGCUUCGGGACUCGUGGGCCAGGAGAACGCGCGUGAGGCAUGUGGUGUGAUAGUAGAAUUAAUCAAAAGCAAGAAAAUGGCUGGAAGAGCUGUCUUGUUGGCAGGACCUCCUGGAACUGGCAAGACAGCUCUAGCUCUGGCUAUUGCUCAGGAGCUAGGGAGUAAGGUCCCUUUCUGCCCGAUGGUGGGGAGUGAAGUAUACUCCACGGAGAUCAAGAAGACGGAAGUGCUGAUGGAGAACUUCCGCAGGGCCAUUGGGCUUCGGAUAAAGGAGACCAAGGAGGUAUACGAAGGUGAGGUCACGGAGCUCGCCCCGUGUGAGACAGAGAAUCCCAUGGGGGGCUACGGCAAGACCAUCAGCCACGUGAUCAUAGGGCUCAAGACGGCAAAGGGGACCAAGCAGCUGAAGCUGGACCCCAGCAUUUUUGAAAGUUUGCAGAAAGAGCGAGUGGAAGCUGGAGAUGUGAUUUACAUUGAAGCCAACAGCGGGGCCGUGAAGAGGCAGGGCAGGUGUGACACCUAUGCCACAGAAUUUGACCUUGAGGCUGAAGAGUACGUCCCCCUGCCCAAGGGGGACGUGCAUAAGAAGAAGGAGAUCAUCCAGGACGUCACCUUGCAUGACUUGGACGUGGCCAACGCACGACCCCAGGGGGGACAAGACAUUCUGUCUAUGAUGGGCCAGCUCAUGAAGCCCAAGAAGACGGAGAUCACAGACAAGCUGCGGGGAGAGAUCAACAAGGUGGUGAACAAGUACAUCGACCAGGGCGUGGCGGAGCUGGUCCCGGGCGUGCUGUUCGUGGACGAGGUCCACAUGCUGGACAUCGAGUGCUUCACCUAUCUGCACCGGGCGCUCGAGUCCUCCAUCGCCCCCAUCGUCAUCUUUGCGUCCAACCGGGGCAACUGCGUCAUCAGGGGCACGGAGGACAUCACCUCUCCUCACGGCAUCCCUCUCGACCUUCUGGACCGAGUCAUGAUCAUCCGGACCAUGCUGUACACCCCGCAGGAGAUGAAGCAGAUCAUUAAGAUCCGAGCCCAGACAGAAGGGAUCAACAUCAGUGAGGAGGCGCUGAACCACCUGGGGGAGAUCGGUACCAAGACCACUCUGAGGUACGCGGUGCAGCUGCUGACCCCGGCCAACCUGCUGGCCAAGAUCAAUGGGAAGGACGGCAUCGAGAAGGAGCACGUGGAGGAGAUCAGCGAGCUCUUCUACGACGCCAAGUCCUCGGCCAAGAUCCUGGCUGACCAGCAGGACAAGUACAUGAAGUGA